CCCGGUUUUCUUUUUUGGCGGUUUGAGCCUCAAUGGCGGCGCGUGUGGUGGGCGAGGCGGCGGCAGCGGCUAAGGCUGAAGAAGAAGGGCGCCUCUGAAAGGAGCUGAAGGGUUUGGCGAAGGCGAAGGCGGAACCCUUGAGGAAGAGCAGAACGCUGACGCGGAGGAUAUACCUGCACGUGAGGAAAGGAAGACACGGGUCAGCCCCCGGCUCGCCUCGCGGCCAUGAGCGCGCAGCAGCUCUCGCCUCCUCCCGCCUGGGAGAAAGAGCACCUCUGGCUCUACCUUCUGGCGCUGGGCUUCGACCCGGAAAAAGCCGCCGCCGGGAGGGUCUCCACGCAUCUCGGCCUGGGCGUGAACAUGUUUGAUAAACCGAACAAAGAUGCAUUUAGUAUCGUUGUGCACUUCCUGUUUUCCAACGUGGACCAGUCUCGUUGUAAUGAGAUUUUCAGAUUUUGUUUUCCUCCAACAGAUAAAAAGACAGACUCUGAAUUCAGGAAACAUAGUUAUGAAUGGCUAAGAAGAAUUUCAGACGAAUGUGGAAACAGCUUUCCUCCAGUCGUUGCGUCUUUAUUCCUUUCUCCCGGUGGCUCUAAGUUCAUUCAUCUAAUGUACUGCUUCGCAAGAUAUGUCAUAAUGCAACAUGUUAAAGUAGAUUCUGCAGGUGCUGACAUAUCCUAUCCAGAAGCAGUGAACUCAAGACCUCCUGACUUGAACAUUGCAGUUGCAAAAUAUCAUGUAGCACAAAACAGAUUUUUACACGGUCUGCAAAAGGAAGACACUUUGAUUCAAGAAUUGCAGAAAAAAGCAUUGCAUUUUAGUAAGCGAAUUAGAGAUUUAAAAUUUGAAAAUGCAGAUCUGGACAAGCAGCUCCAAAAAAUGGAGAAAGGCGUUAAUCCAAGUCAGAACAACACGGCAGAGAGAGUUGAGAAGGUUCGCUGUUUAUGGACACAGAUAACGGAAACACUUACAUGUCUACAAAAAGAAAUAGAAGUUGUAGAUUCAGUUGUCAAAGGUCAUAUUGACCAGUACGUAUUAGAUGGCACAAGUGUCGCUAUUAAUGUUCCGAGGCCUCUACUUGAAAAAGUUGAAAAGGAUAUGCACCAAUUUCAUGUAGGGAAUGUUUAUGAAGAAGGAAAACUAAACGUUUUAACAGUCGUCCACUUACUCAACAAAGCCUUGGAAAUACUGAUGCAUGAGCGCUGGCGCAUUGACAAGAAUGCACUAAAAUUGGAUCUUCAGUACAUGGAAGGAAAGACCAAAUACCAGAAUGUUAAUUUACAGGGUCUUAAGUCACUGAGGCAAAAAUUAAAACAUGAAGAUUGUGUAUCAAUAAAGCAGUCUAUUUCUAAAAAACAGCAGGAAUGGGAUUUGAAGUGGGAAAAUUGCCUUGGCCAGUCACCUUUUCAUUUAAUUAAAAAUCCAGAUCCUGCACUUGACUUAUUACCAGCCAUGUCUCCCCUUUCUUUUUCUCCUGCUACCGAGGAAGCUUAUAAAAGCAGUGUCUUCUGCCAGUACCCUGCAUCAAUUCCAGAUUCUACCAAGAAGAAGAGUUUUCAGAAAACAGAACUUGAGCUUCCUGGCAAAGCAUCAAGAUGUCAAGGUAGUUCAGAUGGGGUAAUUGCAGAGAGGAUGGUCGUGCCCUCUUCCAGUCUCGCCACAGCGUCUGAAAAUGAAACAUGGGUAUCUUCGGAAAAGGGAUCGGUUACUGAAACACCCAAGGCAGCAGAUCACUCUAGUUAUCAACUCUUAAGAUAUAAAGGAAGAAGUUCAAGACCUGCAAAAACAGCAAAGAAAAAACAAGCUGAUACAUUCAAAACGCCAUCUUCCGUUAAACGAGAAGAUCCUCUGAAGAAGGCACAAGAGCAACUGGCGGAACAGAUGGCAGAUGUAGUAGUAUCUAAUUCUCCCCAGAGCACUCGAGGAGGAGGACAGGAUUUGGAGGACCUGUUUGGCACCUUAAUCUCAGAUCCCUUCUUAACAAAGAAACAGAUUCCACGGACCCCAGAAAAUCUGAUUGCUGAAAUUAGAAGCUCCUGGAAAAAAGCUAUCCAGGAUGAAGAAGCCUCAAGUGUGGAAAGGAAUCAUACCGAAGCAAUAAAAGACAUGCCGGAGGACCGAGUCCCUGCGUCUCGAAACCAAGUAGAUUCAAGUAUGGCAUGCUUUAUGUCUUCAUGCAUGUCUGAUACAGCAGAAUCUCCUUUUCUGGAUGCGCGGUCUCCAUUUUGUUUCCAGCAGGUGGUUACCGGUUGUAGCGAAUUGCUGACCUGUCAAGCAGCUGCUGGGCCAAUGGGUGAGAUGUUUUGGAAGCAAGGGUUAACAUGCGCUGUUCCAGGCAAAUGUGAAACAAAAAGUCCAGAACCUGGCCUCAAGACUGAACGUGCAAGUGAGCUGGAGGAUGGUCCAUGGAAUGGCAUUGCGGCAGAGACUUUGCCUCCUUAUGUGAGCCAGAAUUCUUCUAUGAGUACAACUGUGUCAUGGGAUGGUCUUCCGAUAGGAAGCUGCUCUGAUAGCCAGGAAGUUAUCCAACUGGGCAUACUUCAAGAAACCCUUCCAGAGGAAGGGGCACUCUUAAGCCUUAAUAAUAGUUGUAAAGAUUUUGAACUGGAUGAAGUAAGAGAAGACAGCAACGCUUUGCCGGACUGCGUGGCAGGAAGUGCGUGCAAACUGGAUUUGCAAUCUAUUCGAAGGCGCUUGGAAAUGUUGAAAAAGUCUGCGCUUGAAAACUCGCUGCCUUCUAAAAAGCAAAUCCCAAGGUGCAGGUCUGAGUUUAGUCUCUCUCCGGCGAGCCUAGAAGCUUGCAAUGUUCUUACCCCUUCGGGGAAACCAUAUGCAUCAGAUGCAGAACUUUCCAGGAAACCAUCGCACACGACUCUUCUUGAAAGAAAGAUCCUUCUCUCCCCCCUGGGUUCGCUUCCUUCAACGCCACAAAGAGAGCAGUCAGGCUCACAGGAUAGGGGAGACCUGUUAAACGAAAAGUAGCAUGGAACUGGAUGUAAAAGAAUCUUCAUCUGCAAAGAUCUGUAAAGAUGAAAACAUUCCUUGGUUAUAUAACAAUGCACUAACUUCAGAAACUUAAACAUUUCACUUUUACCUAAAGUAUUUUUUUUUUGUAAACCUCAUGCUUUCAUUGAGAUUUUGGUGUUAAACAAUGCAAACUCUGACUUAGUUUGUUGCAUAGUCCCCAUUAUGGUGCUCUUCUGUUUUUACUGAUUAA